UCCUUUUGAACUUGUACGUGGUGGAAGAGGGCCCAUACCACUGUGGAACCGGUGGUGCCUGGUGCCACUUGCUUCCGGCCGAAAUCGCCUCCACUGCCAUGUUCCGGCCGCGGUUGGCGCUUUCCCCGCAGCUCCGACUCGCGCGAGUCAUGCGCUCCAGCAGUGGCGUGGCGACGCCAAAGGCUCCCUAUUGGGCGGUGAUCUUCACCAGCGAGCGAACGGGUGUGGAGGAAGGUUACGAUGAGAUGGCUGAGCGCAUGGUGGAGCUGGCAAAAAAGCAGCCAGGAUUCCUGGGCGUGGAGAGUGCACGGGACACGGUGGGUAUCACUGUGAGCUACUGGAGAUCAGAGGAGGACAUCGCCCAUUGGAAGGCCCACGGAGCACAUUUGAUGGCGCAGAAGAAGGGCAAGAGAGAUUGGUAUCGCCGCUACACGACGCGGAUCUGCCGAGUCGAGCGAGACUAUAGCUUUGAAAAGCCGUGAAAACCACCCGAUGAGAUGCAUCAACUGGGUGCCGAUCAGGUGCCGUUCGGCUUCCGAAGGCUGGUUUCGAGAGUUCAGAGUUGGGCUCAGCCAUGCGAUGGAGUGGAAUAAGAUGAGAUCCUUGGGUCUAAGCUGGUGGAUGCGGGUGAGGAUCCUCCAACGUCUCGGAACGUCUGAGCAGAAAUGCCCAGCAAAUCGUGGCACGGUAUUCACAUGGCUGGGGACUGGGAGUGAUUUCACUUUGCAGACUCACUAACUACAUGUCAAUGGAGGGAGUUGCCUUCAUGGCCGUCAUCUUCGGAGGCCUCAAGUUAGGAUUUUGCUGUCUUCGAGCCAUCACCG